AUGGUCACUUAUGUACUAUCCGAUAUGUGGGCACCGUUCAAGGGACCAUCGGUGACUGGUUGGGUGUCGAAUGGGACGAUGCAAGUCGAGGCAAACACUCAGGAGCGCAUAAAGGAAUCAGAUACUUCUCAUGUAAAAGCAAACAUCCCACAGCGGGAAGCCCUGCGGGAGAAGUAUGCUUCGGAGUUCGAGAACAGCCUUGCCCAGAAUGCCUCAGUCAGUAGUGCAACAGCUCAAAGCAAGGCAAUUGAAAUUAGCGGCAAGGUUGUUGAAGAAGUUGGCUUCGACAAAAUUCGGGAACAGCUCGCUGAGCUCCAAGAGUUACGCAUUGUCUUGCUUGAUGGUUUACGGGUUGUUGGGGUCCUUGCAUCUUACAACCAGGCUCAAGUCUCACAUUGCGUAGAGGCACAAAAGAUUGGAGAAACUUGUCCCAAGAUCACGGAACUUGAUCUCAGUCGAAGCUUACUGAGUCGAUGGCGCGAUGUUUGGGAUAUUUGCAACCAGCUUAAGCACUUGAAGAAGCUGAAGUUGAACGGAAACCGGUUCCAAGCUGUGGAGGAUGAUCUGACCUUCAAGGGGAUCAUUGAGCUACAUUUAGAAGAAACCCUCCUCAGCUGGGAUGAAAUUGCUGCCAUUGUAUAUCGAUUCCCUGGCUUGACAUCUCUUACAGCGUCUGCGAACCAGCUCUCGGAGAUCACCUGUCCACUCCCUAGCACUAUAACAAUAUUAACCCUCGAGCACAACGAGAUCACCUCGAUUUCAGCUCUUCGACAUCUCGCCACGCUUCCAAAAUUGGAGCAUCUCUCCAUUCGUGGGAACGGCAUCAAUACCGUAAACCAAACCCCCACAGAUACAACACCAGACUUCCAAUUCCCACCAACUCUCCGCUCCCUCGAUCUAUCCCGCAACAACAUCACCUCCUGGACCGUCCUCAACAAACUCCCCACAGUGUUCCCAGGCCUAACCACCCUCCGCAUCACCGCAAAUCCCCUCUUCGACCAACCACCGCUCCCACCCUCUGUCUCAGAAGCCUCCAACCCAAUGACCGUCGAUGAAGCCUUCAUGCUAACUCUAUCUCGCUUCCCGUCCUCCCUCACUACGCUAAACUACAGCACCAUCUCACCACAAGACCGCUCCAAUGCAGAGAUGUACUAUCUGUCCCUUAUCGGCAAAGAACUAUCCGCCACAUCCGAGGAAGAGGAACCCGUCAUCCUCGCUACACACCCACGGUACAGUGAACUGUGUGAACUGUACGUCGAGCCGACCAUCACAAGAGCCGUUGUGUCGGAUUCCUCGGGCGCGAGAGUCAUCCAUCCGCGAUCCGUAGCAGCGCGACUGGUCAAGAUGGCGUUCCGUUUACCGCUUGGAAACGACGAAUCCAAGUGUCAAAUCAAGGAAAUCCCUGGUUCGUUUGAUACGUAUCAGAUCAAGGCGCUUGUGUCGCGGCUCUUCGGAUUACCGGCGUUUGGAUUCCGGCUGAUCUGGGAGACGGAUGAGUGGGAUCCCGUGGAGAGAGAAAUUGGCGAUGAGGGCGUUGUUGAAUGGGACGAGGAUAGUGAGGAUGAGGAUCGACCUGGUACGGGCUCUGGGCUUGAGACAACGGGGGGUAGUCCUGAUCAGAGUCGGUUUGUGCGUAGGGAGGUGGAACUGGUUGAUUCAACGAGGGAUGUUGGGUUUUUGUUUCAGGGUGAAGUAGGAGAGGUUAGGAUUCGGGUUGAGACCCUUGGUUUUGCGUCUACGAGGUAG